ACUGAACAACAUUGCUGCACAUUUUGUUUCAGCGAAGUUCAUAAUCGUCUGUUUUGUAAUCGUGUAGUGGAAACUUUUAGGAAAUGUCGUUGACAAUCAACAAAAAUAUAUGCAGUUUAUUGCAAAAAUGCAGUGUUGGUCACCGUUCAUUGAAUAGAACUGGGUCAUGGUGGUCAAAUGUGGAAAUGGGACCUCCAGAUCCAAUUCUCGGAGUAACAGAAGCUUUCAAGCGAGAUACCAAUCCUAAAAAGAUGAACUUGGGGGUGGGUGCUUAUCGCGAUGACCAGGGAAAACCUUAUGUUUUGCCAACUGUGAAGAAGGCAGAACUUGCCAUCCAAGGUUUGGAUAAAGAAUAUCUCGGCAUCACUGGCUUGCCUGCAUUUACCAAUGCUGCUGCUGAACUUGCAUUUGGAGCUGGUAACACUGUUCUUACAGACAAGAGGAAUGUGACAGUGCAAGGUAUUUCAGGAACUGGUUCUCUUCGUAUAGGAGCUAACUUUCUUAACAAGUUUUUUACUUCAAACAAAGCAAUCUGGCUCCCAACCCCUUCCUGGGGUAACCAUGUUCCUAUUUUUAAACACGCAGGGUUAGAUGUGGAAUGGUAUCGUUAUUACAAGCCUUCAACCUGUGGUUUUGAUGCUGAAGGUGCUAUGGAGGAUUUGAAUAAAAUUCCGGAAAACUCCAUCGUUCUCUUCCAUGCUUGUGCCCACAACCCUACAGGUGUUGAUCCAAAGCCCGAAAAUUGGAAAGAAAUGUCAUCCAUCUGCAAGAAGCGUAACUUGCUUCCAUUCUUUGAUAUGGCUUACCAGGGUUUCGCAAGUGGUGAUAUUAACAAAGAUGCUUCUGCUAUGCGACUCUUUGUUGCUGAAGGCCACAAUGUGAUACUCGCACAAUCUUUUGCCAAAAACAUGGGACUGUAUGGUGAGCGUGCUGGUGCAUUCACAGUUGUCUGUGCGGAUCAAGAAGAGGCGGCAAGAGUUGAGAGUCAGAUCAAGAUCCUCAUCCGACCGAUGUACUCAAAUCCUCCAUGUAAUGGAGCGCGUAUUGCAUCCACUGUGCUCACUACUCCUGAACUUCGUGAACAAUGGUUAGUGGAGGUAAAAGGGAUGGCAGAUCGCAUCAUCUCAAUGAGGCAGCAACUUGUUGAUAAUCUGAAAAAGGAAGGAUCUACAAGGGAUUGGUCUCACAUUACUGAUCAGAUCGGGAUGUUUUGCUACACUGGCCUCAAUCCAGAUCAGGUUGGUGACUUGACAAAGAAUCAUUCUGUUUAUCUUACCAAAGAUGGAAGAAUUUCUGUAGCUGGUGUUGCAUCUGGUAAUGUGGGUUACCUGGCCCAUGCAAUUCACCAAGUUACCAAGUAAAGUGGAGAUCUGUACGUCAACCAUAAAAACUUCAUCUGUGCUAAAGUUCUAAUUGCUAUGCUUGCUUGUACAACGGUUAAACUUUGUGGUUCUGUAAUUCUGGUGUCUGCAAUGCAUGCUUUUUUAAGUUCCAAGGCAUUUAUUUGUAAUAUAACAUCAUCGUGUUGUAAACUUUGCGCUGUUUUUAUAGAAUUAUAAUUAUGGACUUGUUAAGACUUUAAUAAAACGAACACGCUGUUUUCACAAA